AAAAGCGACUACGUAUACGUGCGGCAGUAUCUGAAACCGCUUUACAUUUUUGUCGAAGUUCUCGUACUUUGUGACACACAAUCAAAAGUAGUCCAAGGAAUGGAGGAAAAACAUGUCAAACUCGGCGAGACGAUUUGGAAUUACAUGUCUAUGGGACAUGAACUGAAAAAGAGUGAUGUAAUUCUGGUAUUCGGGAGCCAUGACAGGCGUGUUGCGGAGUAUGCAGUUGAACUGUGGCACCAGGGAUGGGCACCAUGGCUGGUCUUCUCAGGGGGGCUCGGAAAUCUCACACAAGGUGUUUGGGACCGUCCAGAAGCAGACAUCUUCCAUGACAUUGCUGUGGCAGCAGGCGUCCGACCUGACAGUAUCCUGGUGGAGAACAAGUCAGCCAACUCAGGACAAAAUGUCAUUUUUUCAUACAAACUCCUAAACGACAACAACAUCCCUACCAGUAGCAUCAUCCUUGUUCAAAAACCUUACAUGGAGCGCAGGGCUUAUGCAACAUUCAUGAAGCAGUGGCCAGGAAACAUAGAAGAAACAUCCUUGUGUGUUACCUCGCCAAGAAUCAGUUUCCAUGACUAUGCAAAUGAAGAAGUGGGGCCGAUGAAGAACACUGUUGAGAUCAUGUUGAGUGAUCUGUACAGGGUCCAUACCUACCCGGAAAAGGGUUUCCAAAUAUACCAAGAAAUACCUCCUGAAGUGUGGGAAGCAUAUGAAAAACUCAUGGAAGCAGGAUACAAAUGGAAAUACUAGAUCAGAAAAAAAGUUGAAUUGAAACGUUCCAUGUUGCCAAUGCCUUGCCAGUUUACUAGUCUAAUAGA